UGCGUGGCAAAGCACGAGUGUUGAUCCCCCUCAAACCCCACGAAGAAGCCAGGUGCCCUGGAGCCUCUGAGGAAGCUUUUCUCAACAGCACCCUCACCACCCGUCUCCUCCCUGCCCUCUACUCUGUGGUCCUGCUCGUGGGGCUGCCAGCCAAUGCUCUGGCCUGCUGGGUCCUGGUGACCAACUUCAGAAGAUGUUCCAGCACUCUCUUUCUGCUCAACCUGGCCAGUGCCGACCUGCUCUUUGUCCUAGUGCUGCCCUUCAAGAUCUCCUACCACCUCUUGGGCAAUCACUGGCUCUUUGGGGAGUAUCUGUGCCGCACCAUGAUGGCCUUCUUCUAUGGGAACAUGUACAGCUCCAUCCUCUUCCUCACUUGCAUUGGCCUGGAGCGCUACAUCUCUGUGGUGCACCCAUUCCUAUGGAAGGGCUCCAGUUGGAUGUGGGGCAAGGUGGGCAUCUGUGUGGGCAUCUGGCUGGUGGUAGGGCUGGGCAUGAGCCCUCUGCUUUUGAACAUCCAGACAAAACAUAACUCAAGCCUGAACAUUACAACGUGUCAUGACUUCCUAGAGGAGGAUGAGCACAACUCCCUUGUCAAGUAUUUCCUCUUCCUGGUGGGGCUGGGCUUUGGCUUGCCCUUUGUGCUCAUGACCAUCUCCUACAGUUGCAUCCUGGCCCAGCUGCUGGCCAAGGGGAGGCAAUAUCUGCAGCUGGUGGGUGUCCUGGCCCUGGUCCUCCUGGUCUUCAUUGUCUGCUUCACUCCAAGCAAUGUGCUGCUCUUCAUCCACAACAUACUAGAGACCGAGGGGUGCAACAACGUCAACUACAUUUUGUAUACUGUGGCCCUGGUGCUUGGUGCUUUCAGCAACUGCUUCGAUCCCUUCAUCUACUUCUACAUCUCCCAGGAUUUUCGGGGCUGGGUCCGGGAUGCAGGCAGCUGCUGCCUGGGGGGGCUUGAGACCUCAUCAGGGGGGACCUUGGGGAAGGCAGCCUCACCCCAGAGGUCCAGCAAGGAGAGCCAGCUGUAG